GCGUUUCUGAUUGGCCGAGGCUGACAGAAAAGGCGUGUCUUGCCCAUAUAUGGGCGCGGCUUCGUGCCGCAGUCUGUGGUUGUUUCAGCGGGCGCUGCGGAGCUCGAGCUUCGCUAAAGUCAUGUGUGCCCAAGCCAACGACUGGCAGUCGGCCAAAUCCAUAUAUGAGUUCUCAGCCAAAGACAUCGAUGGAAAUGAAGAGUCUCUGGAGAAAUACAGGGGUUAUGUGUGUAUCAUCACUAACGUAGCCUCUAAAUGAGGCAAGACCCCCGUAAACUACACUCAGCUUGCGGCAAUGCACGCCACGUACGCUGAGAAAGGUUUACGCAUCCUGGGCUUCCCCUGCAACCAGUUUGGAAAGCAGGAGCCUGGGACAGAGGCGGAGAUCAAGGAGUUUGCCAAAGGCUACAAAGCAGAGUUUGACCUCUUCAGUAAGAUCGAGGUGAACGGAGACGGAGCUCAUCCGCUCUGGAAGUGGAUGAAAGAGCAGCCCAAAGGCAAAGGCACUCUGGGGAACAACAUCAAGUGGAAUUUCACUAAGGUAAUUGGUUUGUUUAAUUGUAUGUAAAUAGAUCAUAUUUAUUCUCUGCC